UGGGACAAGCCAGUCGCCACACACAGGCACUCGCAGGCCCUGGUGCCGCGCCCUAAGGAGAGCGGCACCCACGGCCAAUUGCCAUGGCAACCCCGGGGUUCAUUCCAUUCCCCACCCAACCGACCCCCGCCUCCUCCGAGCGCUGCAGCCAACCCGCUUGUGCGCGUCCCUAGAGCGCACUAUAAAACCUGCGCCGGUGGCGCUGGGUUAGGGAGGCGAUCUGCGGACCUGGAGGGAGGCGAGCUGAGCCAAUCCACGGCGUAGAAAGUCUCGUUUUGUAAAAGCGGGAGGAAAAAGACUCAGCAUGCAGAGUGGGUCAGUCAUGAGUCUCAAUCUGCCCCCUCAAUAUCUUUGCCUGGCUUUUCUGCUCCUCCAUCUCCUGGGACAGGUCUCUGCCACUCAGCGCUGCCCCAACCCAUGCCCAGCCGGGUGCCCCAAGACGCCGCCGGCGUGCGCCCCCGGGGUGAGAGCUGUGCUGGACGACUGCUCGUGCUGUCUGGUGUGUGCCCGCCAGCGCGGCGACAGCUGCUCGGAGAUGGAGCCGUGCGAGGAGAGCCGCGGCCUCUUCUGUGACCGCAGAGCGGACCCCAGCGCCAAAACUGGAAUCUGCAUGGCGAUAGAGGGAGAUAACUGUGUGUUCGAUGGGGUCAUCUACCAAAGCGGAGUGACCUUUCAGCCCAGCUGCAAGUACCAGUGCACCUGCCGAGAUGGGCAGAUUGGCUGUGUGCCUCGCUGUAACGAAGACCUGCUUCUCCCCCAACCUGACUGCCCGGUUCCACGGAAGGUUGAAGUGCCCGGGGAGUGCUGUGAAAAGUGGAUCUGUGACACAAAUGACACGGAAGCAUUAGGGGACCUGCAUGCCCUUCCAGCCUACAGGACAGAAACCACUCUGGGGGUCGCGGUCUCUGACUCAGGUGUCAACUGCAUUGAACAGACCACAGAGUGGAGCGCGUGUUCCAAGACCUGCGGCAUGGGCCUCUCCACGCAGGUCACCAACAGGAAUCCCCAGUGUGAGAUGGUGAAGCGGACCCGGCUCUGUAUGGUGCGGCCCUGUGAACCAGAGCCCAAGCAACAAGCAGAUAAGAAAGGAAAAAGGUGUCUCCGUACCGUGAAGCCCCUCGAAGCCACCCACCUGCAGUUCAAGAACUGCACGAGCCUGCACCCCUACAAGCCCAGGUACUGUGGGGUCUGUAGCGAUGGCCGCUGCUGCACCCCCCACAACACCAAAACCAUCCAGGUGGAGUUCCAGUGUGCCCCAGGGCACAUCAUCAAGAAGCCGGUGAUGGUCAUCGGGACCUGCACCUGUCACAACAACUGUCCUCACAACAACGAGGCAUUUCUCCAAGAGUUAAAGCCAAACAGCAGCCAAGGGAAAAUCUAACCUGGGCCCCCGGAGGAGGACGCACACCUAUGAGACAAACCAUAGUGACUGCGCGACCUAUCAUCCAAAGUACAUGAGAAAAAUGAUGAGAAUCGUGACUUCGCCCCUGAGUCCUGUGUGUUUUCUGUGGUCAUAUGAGGUCAGUUAUAGCUGUCUUGUUUUUAAAUUAAAGAUAUGAUUAACUGUAAACUUGGAAUCAAGGUAAGCUCAGGAUAGUGCUUUGGGAUGAUUUACUGUUCUAUAGUGUUUACUGCAGAUGAAAAUUUCUAUCAAUUGAAGAAAUCAGAUAUAGGUUUUACUGUAGAGACUGCAUCACAUUACACUUCCCUUACUUUGUUAGGUAUUAGUGCAAUUUCAAGAGAAUGUCACUUUAACAAAGGACACAGUCAAGUCCAGAAUCAUAGUGAUCACGUCCUCAUACAGAUAUUUUGCCACCUGUUGAGGUUUGACUUGAGGGCACUCUGUUGAGUUCUUUUGGAGGAGCUCAACCCUGAACUUCCAAGUCCAAGGGUCUGUAGCGACUUCCAAGUCCAAGGGUCUGUAGCGACUUCAACUUGAACUCCAGAGUCUGUUAGGUUUUUUUGUUUUGUUUUGUUUUGUUUUGUUUUGUUGCAUCCUAGGAAAAGAGCUCUAUCCACAGUAGUACAAUGUCACAGUGAAUUGAGUGGACUAGUGUCGUACACUUGCUUCACUUCAGACAAAUUGACUCCUUUCCAAUAGAAAGCAGCUGAACAAAAAACUCCCGGUCACGCAGAGAAGACGAGGACCACACACCACCGCCCCCGCAUGUCUGUAUGCGAGGGUUUAACUCAGCAGAAGCAGAGCGUGCCAGAAGGCACCCUCUCCGCUCCCUGAUGAGUAAAUUGAGGCCCAGUGCACCCGAUUACAACCUUGGAUGAUUUUUAAAUGUGUUUGUACUGAAAUUUUUCAAACAAAGAACAAAACCGACCUAAGUGGGAGGACAUAAUAACACAAAUAUUAUGGGAGUUUAGAAUGUAUUACUUACCCAUAACUUACCCUUGGGCGCUAAUUAUGCAAGCUCACAAACAAGACAUGUGUGGAUACAUACACGUAUCUAAUUUGUCAGGCUAUAAAGUAGGCUGCAAAAUUAAAUGUAUACAUUCUCCUAAUGUCACCAUAUGUGUUCAACUUUUCUCCUUUAAAGUAUUUAUAGAAAUAUAAAUUAUACAUUUUUAAAUAUUCUUUUUACUUUCUCUACUUGUCAGACAACACUAAAUAAAUAUGAUCUUAUCAA